AUGGCGUCGGGAAAAUCCGCUUCUCCUGAUGAGGUGACGACGAAUAUGGCAACGGAAAUGCCUGUUUACAAAGUCUACAAACGACGGUUCUUUGGCUUAUUCCAGCUGGUUUUGCUGAAUGUUGUUAUAAGUUGGGAUUGGUUGACCUUUUCUGCGAUCUCCAGUACGUCAGCCCAGUAUUUCAGGGUGUCAGAAGCCACAAUUAAUUGGCUAAGCACUGCUUUUCAGUUCGCUUUUUGCGUGGCUACACCCGUUGUGAUGUACAUGUUGAACAAAGGAGGUCCUAGAGUCGUCUUCAUCACCGCUUCUGUCCUGAUUCUAGUCGGCAACUGGAUUCGUUACGCCGGCACCAGAGCCGACAAUGGCAUCUUCGGCUUGGUUAUGUUCGGACAAUUGUUGCUGGGUCUAGCGCAGCCCUUUGCUCUAGCUGCGCCUACCAGAUACAGUGAUUUGUGGUUUUCAGAAAAAGGUCGAACGAGCGCGACUGCAUUGACGACUCUGGCGAAUCCGCUGGGAGCAGCUAUUGGCGAGCUUGUGGAUUCGGCGUGGACUACACAGCCCGGAGAUAUACCUAAUAUGGUUUUGUAUAUCUCCAUAAUAUCAACCAUCGCCUGCCUUCCAUCAUUCUUCAUUCCAGCCAAACCUCCAACACCACCUUGCGCAUCAGCCGAAGUGUCCAAAACCCCAUUCCUCGAAUCCGUAAAGGGCAUAUUCCGUAUUCGCGAAUUCUGGCUCAUGUUCAUUCCUUUCUCCAUCUACGUCGGCUUUUUCAACAGCGUCUCAGCCCUAAUAAACCAGAUCCUCGAACCAUAUGGCUUCACCGAGACCGAAGCCGGAAUCGCAGGGGGCGUACUGAUCAUCGCCGGCUUGAUCUCAUCCGCAAUCGUGUCUCCAAUCAACGAUCGCUUCAAGAAAUACCUACUCAUAAUCCGAAUAGCCGUACCCAUACUCGCAAUAUGUUACAUAGCGCUCUAUUUCGCACCCUCGAGCCCCUAUGGACUUGCCCCUAGCAUCGUCGUGUGCGCACUCCUAGGCGCCAGCGCGUUCGCACUUUUACCCGUCGCACUUGAAUUCAUCGUCGAGAUCACAUAUCCAUACUCUCCCGAGAUCGGAAGCACAAUCCUCUGGACUGGUGGCCAGAUACUCGGUGCAGUAUUCACGAUUAUCCAGACAGAGCUCAAGGCCAGUCCGAAUGCCAAUCCACCGGCCAAUAUGAAAAAAUCGCUGAUAUUCAGUGCUGUUGUGGCUUGUGUGGCUGCGAUAUUCCCGUUGACGCUGAAUGUGUUUGGGCCGAAGAUUGUGAAUAGGCGAUUGGAAGCGGAUCAUGCGCGAAACAAUGUAAAUGGUGUGGAGUUGGGACACAGAGUUGAUGGCGAAGUAAAGCAGGUUGAAGUGGCAUAA